ACCGAGCAGUGUCACGAGCAUAUCACAUACCGAUUAGAGCGGGAUUUUAUAGCGUUUUACGCGUUCUGCGUGAGGAUACGGAAGGGCAGCUCGUAGUUUGUGAACAUCUGGACAGAUAUGUGACAGUUUCCUGGUAUCGCGUUGCGUUUUUCUUGCUUUUUGUUUGUGAGGGACCUCCCUUAAGAUUCAGGAACUUGGGAACUCUCUCCUCUGACACAUUCCUUGUCUUGGCAGCUACACUGUUUUCGUUUUGCCGCAUGUGCAGAAAAUGGCAACUGCUCUCAGUGGACGCCCACCUAACAAUCGGAAAGGCCGUAUUUUAGGCAUUAUCGACGCCAUCCAGGACGCUGUCGGACCCCCCAAACAAGCGGCCGCGGACCGCCGGACUGUCGAGAAGACAUGGAAACUCAUGGACAAAGUAGUGAGGUUAUGUCAGAGCCCCAGGCUGCAGUUGAAGAACAGUCCCCCGUACAUCUUGGAUAUCUUACCUGACACUUAUCAGCACCUGAGGCUGAUUUUGUGCAAAUACGAGGAGAACCAGAGACUUACUCAGCUAAGUGAGAAUGAUUAUUUCAAAGUGUACAUCGACAGCUUGAUGAAGAAAUCUAAACGAGCAAUCCGCCUCUUUAAGGAAGCCAAGGAGAGAAUGUACGAAGAACAGUCACAAGACAGACGAAACCUCACCAAGCUCUCACUGAUCUUCAGUCACAUGUUGGCCGAGAUCAAAGCCAUCUUCCCGGGCGGACAGUUUCAGGGAGACACAUUCCGCAUCACCAAGGCAGACGCUGCCGAUUUCUGGAGGAGAUCUUUUGGCGAAAAGACAAUAGUGUCAUGGAAAAUGUUCCGGCAGUGCCUUCACGACGUGCACCCCAUCAGCUCCGGCUUAGAGGCCAUGGCUUUGAAAUCUACCAUCGACCUCACCUGCAACGACUACAUCUCUGUCUUUGAGUUCGACAUCUUCACUCGCCUUUUCCAGCCGUGGGGCUCGAUUCUAAGGAACUGGAAUUUCCUGGCGGUCACUCACCCUGGAUAUAUGGCUUUCCUCACAUACGACGAGGUGAAGGCACGUCUGCAGAAGUACAUCAACAAACCUGGCAGCUACAUCUUCAGACUGAGCUGUACACGGUUAGGCCAGUGGGCCAUCGGCUACGUCACCAGUGACGGUAACAUCCUACAGACCAUCCCACAUAACAAGCCGCUGUUCCAGGCACUCAUCGAUGGAUGCAGAGAGGGCUUUUACCUCUUUCCUGAUGGGCGCAGUUAUAACCCAGAUCUCACAGGUCUGUGUGAACCCACCCCACACGACCACAUCAAGGUCACACAGGAGCAGUAUGAGUUGUACUGUGAGAUGGGCUCUACAUUUCAGCUAUGUAAGAUUUGUGCCGAAAACGAUAAAGACAUAAAGAUUGAACCAUGUGGUCACCUCAUGUGCACUUCCUGUUUGACAUCAUGGCAGGAUUCUGAUGGUCAGGGUUGCCCAUUCUGUCGCUGUGAGAUCAAAGGGACCGAGCCCAUCAUUGUGGAUCCAUUUGACCCACGCAACGAAGGAGCCAAGUUCUUCCUUCUGGACCACUUCUGCUCCCCCAUGCUGGACCUGGAUGAUGAUGAUGACAGAGAGGAUUCAUUGGUCAUAGACCAUAUCAAGAAGUCCAUGGAGAUCCAGAACUCACCGAUAAUGUCCCCAAACUCAUCCCCAGUGUGUGAGCGUCGGAAAACCGCUGCAGAUCACAUGGGUCAACACUUGAACAUUCCACCUGUACCGCCUCGCCUGGAUCUCAUCCGUUCUCCUGCUCCCAGCCCUACAGGCUCACCCAAGUCAUCUCCAGGCAUGUCCAGAAAACAGGACAAGCCCCUUCCUGCCCCUCCGCCCCCACAGAGAGACCCCCCUCCCCCGCCUCCACCGGAACGGCCCACUCAUAUGCCUCAAGACAGUCGGGCUGCCUGGCUUGUGACCCCCUCCACCGGCCUGCCCAGAGACCCCAGAGCUCCCCUAGAGGCCUGGAGCCCUAAAGACAUCACCCCUUUGACAGACUGCAGGGCUGUUGCUGCAGACCGUUCCCCUAAACUCGCCCACGCUGCCCCUGCCCCUCACACCAACGGGAGACCCCUGAGCUGCUCUGGAGCAGACCUUGGGGUGAACCGGACCAGCCACAGACUCAACACUCAGUCGGAGUGUAGUAAGUCUUUCAUCAAUGGUUUGUUACCUGGUGAUGAGUAUGACGUCCCACCUCUACGUCACUCCCCUCCCCUGGUGGACCACAAUCAGAGACACAGCAACCCCUUCACCAGCCACCGGAGCCUGACAGACAGAGUGGAGGACGAGUAUCAGAUACCCUCAUCACAUCCCCUCUGCAUUACACAGCCACCUCUCUGCAUUCCCUACCGCAUACCCAACAGGGCUUUAGAAAACGGCUCGUUGGAUUUCUCUACAGAUAUAAAGAAACCUAAACCUCCAGAGCAUGGUGUGUUUGACUCUGGCCCGUUGAUUUCGGGUGUGGCUCAGUGUCCCCUCCACAACAGGACGCCCUCAGACUAUGACAUUCUGCUUCCCCCUCAAGCAUCUCCAAUGGAAGACCCUUUCAACUCUUUUCCCCCAUCCCAGCCACCUCCUCCUCCCCCCAUCAGGAACAGUUUCAUAGAGCCCUCGUCCUCCUCGCCCUACCCCAGACCUGCCCGUCCCUCAUCUGGACAUGACCACUUUCUACUCAGCGCUGAUACAUUUAUAGAUGCAUUGAAUAGCUCGGCUCCCAACCCUCCUGUUAGGAGAUUAACUGGAGAAAACAUGAAGAAUCCAUUCAGGGCUCCACAAGACUAUGAUCAACUGCCUCCAACCACAGAUCUGUUUAUAGAUGCAUUGAAUAGCUCGGCUCCCAACCCUCCUGUUAGGAGACUAACCGGAGAAAACAUGAAGACUCCAUUCAGGGCUCCACAAGACUAUGAUCAACUGCCUCCAACCACAGUGGCCGGAGAUUGCUUUAGGGCACCUGAGAGACCCCCCAAACCACUUCCCCGAAUCAUCCCACCAGACAUCCAGAGAAGACCGCAUGAAUCAUCCCGAGAAAACUUGGACGGCAAAAUCGCCAAGCUGAUGGGAGAGGGCUACUCUUUCGAGGACGUGAAAAGAGCGCUGAUGAUAGCGCAAAACAAAGUGGAUGUGGCACGGAACAUUUUGCGAGAAUUUGCGCUUGUGGCCCCUAGGCAGAGCCUGUAGCCAAAACCAAACCAUUUCAAACUAUGACUGACUCUAGGCAGAGCUCACAAACCGCAGGCAAAGUCCCGCUUGCUCCAGUUUAACACACCUGCACGGUCAGAAUCGACCGUCUGGUGAACAAGACGAAAAACACAAUGUCUGUGCGCUUUUUGCCAUAUGGAGUCUAUAGCAUCAUGCUAAGAAGUGUUGCGUUAGUUUAUAGAUGACAGAAUCCUGUGAAAAAAAACAACAACUUGUGUUUACAGUGCGGUGGCGUUUGGUGGCUUUACUGCUACUGGUGUAAUCUGCAGAGCUCAGGUCAACCUCGUUACAGCCUUGGCCGCUCGAGAGGAAGUGAAGUUUCAUUAUUUGGAGCUCUCCGUCCACCUCUUGCGAUGGGUUUAUUUUGUACUUACUGCAGUCAUAAGGUUCUUAUUCCUUUCUUGAAUUGACUGGACAGAAAUGAUAGUAACUCUGAGCCACUCUGUUUGCAUUGGCAGUUUCAUGCCAUUUCUGUCACUGUAGCAGCCGCCACUGCUGCCACACACACAUAUACUCAACUGCCCUGUCCUGGCCUCUUGGGUAUCAUCAUUUUACAGUAAUAGCUUUCAGCCUGGUCAUUUCCCUUUUGUGUCAUUCAUUUGCUAUGAUCGCAACAAACCAGAUCAGAACUGCCAUGAGAUUAUUUGAGCUCUGUUUCAGUGACUCUUACCAUGAGAGAGAGAGAGAGAGAGAGAGAGAGAGAGAGAGAGAGAGAGAGAGAGAGAGAGAGAG